AUCGCGCGUCUUUUCCCGGCCGUGGGCAGUCGUUCGUCCGUACACGACCUGUCUAUAUCACGGCUUCUUGCCCACUUUCGUCUCUCUCCCCCCUUUUCUUUCCCCUCGGUAUUGUAUCUCUAUCCCUGUUUUCGAAUAUGCGACAAGUGCACUAUCGGCGCGUGAUGGUUUCGGGGAGCGCAAAUCGGAGUUUUCCGUGGGAAGAUUCGCAAUCGCCAACGGACUCGGUCACUCACAACGGAAUCUAUAAUGGCGGUUGUCCUCAAUGGCGAGCGCGUGCGACGUUGGACUGGCAGCACUGCACAUUUCGUCGAAGGAAACGAUAUCCACGCGCGCGCGCACGAAAGAGCGAAGGAGAUGCGCGAUGGGCGCCGACGCGAGUGGGAGCGAGAGGGAGCGACCUCCGAGAGAUUUCUGGAGCGCGCGUCAAAAUGGUGCGGCGGUGGCGCGCGCGGUGUGGAGGGGAGAAGCAGGGAAGCAACGCCGAGACUCGGACGCCGUAGCCCCGCGCGCGAGAGUCGCAACGAUCCUGCGCAUCUUUCGACGACAGCAUCGACGAACGCCGGGCGCAAACGUGAGAAUUGUGAUCACAUCUCUUCUCGGAACAAACCAAGAACAAAUUGUGGAAACAAGAGGAGGCACAACGCGUCGAACCACUUCGGACUGAUUUAUUUUUGUUUUUCGUUAACGAGAGAUACGUUACACAAAGCGAACGAUUUACCGGCUGCGAACGUCGGCAUGCCUUCAAUUCUCUGCGGCGUAGAAUUCUCGACGAUGUUGCGUCGGAUAUUCGACGGAUGUAACUUCUUCGAGUUAUCAAAGGUAGAUAGACGGACAAUUUCCCCUUUGUCCCGUUAAAUAUCCCGUGCGGGAUAAGAAACACUUAUCCCAGGAUAAUUAUUCGACAUUUGAUCUUUCGACGAACGAAUGUGUGAAGAUCGUUAAAGAUGUAUGUAAAUGCGCGUAUAAAAAGUUGAUACACUUACGCACAAUGUUAAUUAUUAAUUAUUAAUAAUUAUAUGUUAUAAUAUACACAUUAAUAUUAAUAUUAAUAUUUUUAAAAAGGUUGUUAAUGGAUGAUUUUGAGUUAUGGAAGUUGUCCUCAAGUUUUCAAAUUUUAUUCGCUCGUAAAAUACAAAAGUUUACGCAGAUCUGUCAUUUUUAUUACUCGCGGAAAUGUUGAAGCUCAAUUAUUCAUGAAUGAUUUAUGCUCUGAUGUUCUCCAAGUGCUUCAAAUUUUUUUAUAUUUAUUUUGAAGCACGAUACUAGCACAUAAAAAAGAAAUGUAUCAUGUUGAGAAUAUGGAAUGCAGAAAAUUUCAAAUAUUCAAAUAAUUUUGUAAUUUUCGAAAUGUUCACCAAGAAUCGAUGAAAUUAAUUAAAUAAUUAGGUCGAGGCAAAUAA